AUGCUCAUGAGUAACUUUUCUGCACGCACACGAGUGACCUCCGGAUACUUUCGCAUCUGUACACUGCCAUUUGACAACCGGUGGGUAUUUCUCCGCUUCUCUCCUUUUUCGUCCCCUUUCUCCUUUCCAGACGGCAGUAUCGACGCGGAAAGGAGUAACGUCACUGAUCUAGUGUCCACCAUCGAUCCGUCAGGCAAGCGCACGAUUUUUGUACUCACCAAAGUGGAUCUUGCCGAAGCAAACUUGUAUAAUCCCAAUCGAAUCAGGCAAAUACUAGAAGGACGGUUGUUUCCAAUGAAAGCACUUGGUUACUUUGCGGUUGUCACCGGAAAAGGUUCCAACGACGAGAGCAUCGAAAGUAUCAGGGAAUACGAGGAAGAGUUUUUCCGCAAAUCACGGCUGUUCCGCGAAGGCGCGCUACGAUUCUCGCAGAUGACCACGGCCAAUUUGAGCAAAGCGGUGUCUGAGCGAUUUUGGAAGAUGGUAAAGGACUCGGUGGAGCAGCAAGCCGAUACCUAUCGAGCUCUUCGUUUCAAUUUGGAGACUGAAUGGAAGAAUUCUUUUUCCCACUUGCGAGAGAUGGAUCGUGAGGAGUUGUUCGAGAAGGCACGCAACGAAAUUCUUGACGAUCUCAUCACUCUGAAUAGUAUCAAAGCUGCCACAUGGGAGAAAAAUUUACGUAGCCAGCUUUGGGACGACCUGCAGGCUUAUGUAUUCUCACAGAUUUUCGAACCAGCUCAACAGCUAGAUGACUUGGGUGCGUUUCAGACCAACGUCGAUAUUUGGCUACGCGAUUGGGUUGAAAAGGAUUUGCCCCGCAUGGCUGUACAAACUGGAUGGCAUACACUGUACAAAGAACUGGACGCGAAACUCCGUUCCGUCCAACAUGCACCUGGAUAUGAUACUAUGUUUGAUCAUCUGAAGGAGGUGGUUCACCAGGAGACGCGCACUAGACACCACUGGGAUCCAAAGGCCGAGAGCCGAUUGCGUGUGAUUCAGUCCAACGCGCUUGAUGACCGGACGGUGCAUGACAAAUCUCAGUGGACCGCUUCGGUAGAAUUCUUGGAACAAGCUUUGAACUCCCGCCUUAAAACCGUCAAUCAGUCAAUUGCAGAGCUGUGCGGCCCUAACCGUCUCCAGCGGUGGAUUCAUUGGCAAAUCCAAACCCCAGAACAGCGAGCUCGAAGCGAGGUCGCACACGAGAUCGAAAAUCUACUCGCUUCUUACACGAAACCAAGUCCACACAUCACGGCCGAUGAUCUGACCACCAUCCGACGCAACCUACAAACCCGGAAUGUGAGCGUCAGCGACUCCUUGAUCAGCGAGACCUGGAUCCCCUUGGUUCGCCGUGUCUACUUAGAACGAGCGUUGUUUACUUGCUACGAAUGCCGCAAAAGUUAUUACUACUAUCAGCAAGGCUUCCUUAGUUCGUCCACUCCAUUAGCGGAGUUGAAUUCCGAUCAAGCGACCAAAAUGGAUUCGAAGUUGCAGACUCAGCUGAACGGCGCAGGUCAGUCGAAUCGCACUCUGUCCGAGGAAUUCUCCGAUUGCCGCGAGGUGGUUCUAUUCUACCGGCUUAUGCGGAUGAUCGAGGCCACCAGUAAUGCUCUCCGGCAACAGAUCAUGAAUGAUGAAGCGCGACACCUGGAGCACUAUGUGAAACAAGUGCUCUCAGAACUGUCGAACGAUCCAGUCGCCCUUCGCAAGCUAAUCACCGGCAGGCGAGUGACGCUCGCUGAGGAACUGAAACGAGUACGUCAUUUGCAAGAGCGAUUGGAAGAAUUCAUUGCAGCCCUUAACAAAGGGGAAUGAACCAGUCCUGAAGCGGUUACUGCUCUCUCAAAUGUUCAUCUCCUGGUAAUUCCAUUUCCCUCGCAUCACUGAGCCAGUCGGAUUAUAGACUCAAUCCAGCCUCCAUCCUUGAUGCAGAUAGUGUCCACUCUAAGCCUUAUUAUUCUCCACCUCCCUAACCUCAGCUGUGAGACACGUGGUUCCCAUUGCACUUAGCUGCAAGCACAUCCGCAUCCCAUUUCAGAUGUUCAUACGAGCCGUAUUGACUUAUGUAUGCCAUGUUCGAAUCAUCUCUUGAGCUCUCAUGGUCUUUAGAACUUUGUAACAGGCUGACUAAUUUCCCAUGCUGGUUUCUUCCAGAAAUUGAACUUGUUUUGCGGUUUCUAUGUAACCAUAUGACAUUUUGCUCAACUAUGUGAGACAAAAUGAGCUAAUUCGAUUGUGAAUGUCAUUCACAUUUCUAGGACGUGUGUCCUAAUGUCAAUGCACAUCCACGUUUGUAAAUGGCGCCUUUAAAGAUACAUGUUUCUUAGUGACUUA